AUGAAUAAAACACAGAAGGAAUUGAUCCCAUUGAUGGGCAAGAAAACAAAUCCACCAAGUUCAGCCUCUGCCGGUCUGCUGGAGAAAAAGCCUUCCGAAGUCACGCCAACCAAGAAGAGUUCCCACUUCUUCCUUGAAAUUGAAGGCUUUGAGCCCAACCCUGCAGUGAGUAAACCGUCUCCUCCCAUCUUCUCCAAGCCUAUGGAUUCGAACAUCCGUCAAUGUAUAUCUGGAAACUGUGAAGAUAUGGAUUCUCCGCAGUCUCCUCAAGAUGAUAUAACGGAGACGCCCUCAAACCCAAACAGCCCAUGCGUUAACCUGGCUCGAGAACAAAACAGAAACAAAAAAAAAUUGAAGAAGUGUAUAUUUGCAGCAGUGUCAGAAGGCAAUGUUGAAGAACUCAACAGCUUGCUUGUGGAAUUGAAGGAGCUUUCAAAAAGACGUAGAAAUAUGGAUAUUCAAGAUUAUUUGAUGCAUAAAUUCACUGCCUCCGACACUGGGAAGACUUGUCUGAUGAAAGCCUUGUUGAACAUCAACCCGAAUACAAAAGAAAUAGUGAGACACCUACUCUCUUUUGCAGAAGAAAAUGGCAUUUUAGAAAGGUUUAUUAAUGCAGAGUACACAGAAGAAGCUUACAAAGGACAGACAGCACUCAACAUCGCCAUUGAGCGGAGACAGUGUGAGAUCACCGAGACCCUCAUUGAGAAAGGAGCAGACGUCAAUGUACAAGCAAAGGGCUUGUUCUUUAACCCCAAGUAUAAGCAUGAAGGCUUUUACUUCGGUGAAACUCCCCUGGCCCUGGCGGCAUGUACCAACCAGCCUGAAAUAGUACAGAUGCUGAUGGACAAUAACAAAACCGACAUUGCCUCCCAAGAUUCCCGUGGGAACACAAUCCUUCACGCUCUGGUCACCGUGGCCGAAGAUUUUAAAACCCAAAACGACUUUGUCAAACAAAUGUAUGACAGGAUCUUACUGAGGAGUAAGAACAUGGCUUUGGAAACCAUGCAGAACAAUGAUGGCCUCACCCCACUGCAGUUGGCUGCCAAAAUGGGAAAGUCGGAGAUCCUGAAGUACAUUCUCAGCCGAGAGAUAAAAGAAAAACCCAAGAGGAGUCUCUCCAGAAAAUUCACAGAUUGGGCUUAUGGCCCAGUUUCAUCUUCUCUCUAUGACCUGACCAAAGUAGAUACGACAACGGAUAACUCGGUGCUGGAAAUUAUUGUUUACAAUACAAAUAUUGACAACCGCCAUGAGAUGUUGACGUUGGAACCUCUGCACACCUUGCUGCGCAUGAAAUGGAAGAAGUUUGCAAAAUACAUGUUCUUUAUGUCAUUUUGCUUAUAUUUCUUUUACAACAUCACAUUAACCCUUGUCUCUUACUACCGGCCCAGGGAAGAGGAGGCACUCCCUCACCCAUUAGCUCUGACCCACAAAAUGGGGUGGCUGCAGUUGCUGGGGAGAAUGUUUGUCAUGAUCUGGGCCACGUGCAUCACUGUGAAAGAGGGCAUAGCAAUCUUUCUACUGAGGCCCUCAGACCUACAGUCCAUUCUCUCAGACGCCUGGUUCCACUUUGCCUUUUUUAUACAAGCUGUGCUUGUGAUCUUGUCUGUCUUCUUGUACUUGUUUGCCUACAAAGAAUACCUAGCAUGCCUCGUAUUGGCAAUGGCACUAGGAUGGGCUAACAUGUUGUACUACACGAGAGGAUUUCAGUCUAUGGGGAUGUACAGCGUCAUGAUUCAAAAGGUCAUUUUACAUGAUGUGCUGAAAUUUCUAUUUGUAUAUAUAGUUUUCUUGCUUGGAUUUGGAGUAGCCCUCGCCUCACUGAUAGAAAAAUGCCCCCAAAAUGACAGCGAAUGCAGCUCCUAUGGCAGUUUCAGCGACGCUGUGUUGGAGCUUUUCAAACUCACCAUAGGCUUGGGAGACCUCGACAUUCAGCAGAAUUCCAAAUAUCCCAUUCUGUUCCUCUUCCUGCUUAUCACUUAUGUGAUCCUAACUUUUGUCCUCCUCCUGAACAUGUUAAUUGCCCUGAUGGGAGAGACAGUGGAAAACAUCUCAAAAGAGAGUGAGCGUAUCUGGAGGCUCCAGAGAGCCAGAACCAUUUUGGAGUUUGAGAAACUGCUACCAGAGUGGCUGAGAAGUAAAUUCCGGUUGGGAGAACUGUGCAAAGUAGCUGACAAUGAUUUCAGACUGUGUUUAAGGAUUAAUGAAGUGAAAUGGACAGAGUGGAAAACUCAUGUUUCAUUUAUCAGUGAAGACCCAGGUCCUGGAAGGCACUCAGGUUUCAACAAAAUACAAGACGUUUCACGUUCGAAUAGCAAAACCACACUCAACGCAUUUGAUGAGAUUGAAGAUUUUCCUGAAACGUCUGUGUAGCUGGAUUUGCUUUCUGGAAUGGUAUCAUUAUCGACAGUGACUUAUGGCGUAUUCACUGUGUGUAGAGUAUUGUACUAGAGCCUAUCAGGUUUCAUGAAGUGUGAAGGAACAUUCCCCAAUUUCACAGUGCUGAUGACAAAGGAUAUGAAAAAUGAUACAUCCUAAAAGCCCAAACUUUCACUUCUCCAAAAAGCAGGAUGGAGUUCCUUAAAUACAUUCAAACAGAUUUAUUUAUGAGUCACUGAAACAAGAACUAAAUUCGUUUGGAAAUGCAACCACCCACUGAACUUUAUCAUUUGCUUUAAAACUAGAGAUAGAAUUUUGGGUCCUUUUUGAAAUUCAGGGCCAUAAGUAAAUAUGGAUGGCAUCAGCCACAGAGACCCAGCUGAAAACUACCCUGAUUCACCUAUUGCCAGAACCAGCCUCUCUGGAAGGUUUAGGUGAGUCUGGGGGAGGUAGAGCCACAAGUAAAGCAGUAGAGUCCUGUGGGAAAAGCAGGGGUUUGGAAAUCAGGACACCUGGGCUCUAGUCCCAACUCUGCCAUUGACCUGCUGUGUGCUGCAGACUUAUCCUAAUGGUGCCUCAACUUCCUCAUCUGUAAAGUGGGAACAAUACCUGCUUUUCAGCAUUUCACAAUCAUGUGAUGACAAAGUGAGAAAAAUGUAAAAGCACUUGAAAUCCUUUAUAGACUCAAGAUAUUCUUCUUAGGGCUGAGAGGUCUGUGAAAAGGGGUUUGUUUUUCCUCCACUCUGACUGAAUAUCUGGAGACUGUGGAAUUUAUGAGCCCAACCGCACAAAAGGUUGGUGACUUGCCUGGCAGUUAACUGAAUAUCUCAGAAUUGAGGUGAUCAUUUGAAUGCGCUAUAGAAGUUGAGGAGCCAGUCCUCAAGGAUUGUCCUUAAAAGUAUGCCAACGGAGGCCUCAGGAGAUACUCUUGGUAAACUACAGCAUUUCUAACUGUGACAUCUGCAAAUUCCAUAAAUAAGUUGUUUUUAAAAUGAUUAAAAACUUCAGAGAAAGUUUUUUUUGAAAGCUAUGCAAUAUCUUUCAAGCUUUCAGGUUGGCUGUAAGUAUUAUAUACUUCACUAUAGUGGUCAGAGCAAGGAUAUUGUUUCAAAAGCAACAGGGCAUGGCCACUUCAGUAAUUCAUUUCAUAGUUACUAUUGUCAAGACAAAAGUAUCUUCUUAUUUUAGUAUCAACAUAAAACAUGAUACAAAGCCUAGAAAGUAUUAUGAUUUUUAUAUAUUAACUGUUGGUUUAGGUCUCAUAGGAAAUAGCUCAACCUCAGAUAUUUAAAAAUAUGGGACUAUGUCUCACUGGUGAAUUUAAAAAGAUUAUACACACUGGAAUUAUAAAACUAUGAACUGUGAAAUGGGAAGGGAUCAUUAACCAAUUUAAAUUUAAGAGCUGGGCCAUUGGAACUUCGAACAUAGCUUGCAUUUCUGAUCGGAAUUCUGUACAGUGGUUGAUAGCCUGAUUCCCACCAUCUAUCAGUUUAUGUAAUUUAAUGUGGCUGGUGGCUAAUGAUCAAUCAGUGCCACAGAGGACAUUGGCUUGGUUCACAUCAGCAUGUUAUCUUGAUAACUGAUGCCAAAAAUGUACACCAAGGCCUCAGUUUUCUAGGUACUUCAAGAGAAAGGAUUUUGGGGGCCAGAACUAUCUGGAGGAUUAUGGAAAACAUGGAUUUUGUGGAUGAUUUGCCAACGAAAACCUAGUCCAUGAAAAUAAGUUCUGUCUUAACAUAUGUUUUUAUAAUAUGCUUUGGAAUUAAGGCACAUUCUUCCACCAUUGUACAUCCGUCUGGCUAGAAUGGGAUGCUGGAAAAGACUUGUGAGCGUGAAUGAAGGCGAUAUGAGUUUUUCUUAAUAAGGAAAAUGGGGAUUAAAUUCUACUACCUCCUGCAUAGACUGUGGGCCUCAAAUGGGGCUCUACAUAGGAGGGAAUAGAAUUUAAUCCCCAUUUGGGACAGAGACUGUGUCCAAUAUGAUUAUCUUGUAUCCAUCCCCAUGCUUAGCACAGUGUUUGGGCAUAGUAAGCGCUUAACAAGUACUGUAAUAAUAAUAAAGUGAGUUUUUCAGGAACAUAACCCCCAUGUUAGAGGUGAAUUAACCAUUUUAUGUUUUUAUAUUUUCUUAAAAUUUAUACUUGCCUCCCAGGAGUACUGUGAGCAUGAAGGAAAUAUUGUACUGUGAAGCACCAGAAUUCCUAGAAUGUGAAGUACUAUAAAAAUGCAGUGUUAUUACUAUUUAUGAACACUAAAGUUCAUUACUGUAACCUAGAAUGGUUGAACAUUUUCUACGGAUUCAUUUGAUCCUUUACCAAGACCUAAGUGAAAUCACAACUAUAAAUUGUUUGAUUUUUGCAUUUUAUAUACAUUUGCAUGCAACAAAAGAUGUUUUGUAAACUAUUUUUGUUCUAUGUAUGGCAUAUUAUUACUAGGGCACUACUCUCUCUGACUGAACCUGAAUCUCUGUGGAGUCUAGAUAACAGUACUUGUCUGUUCUUUCUGAAGGGAUCUUGAAACAUGAAAGACUCCUGCCACUACCAAAGAAAUAUUAAUUUAAAAUAAAACUUUACAAUAAAUAUUUA